AUGAUCCCGGCGAAGAGUGGGGUGAUUCUUUUCACUUCGAGCAUUGCCUCGAUCCUGGGGGGCGAGACGACGCACGCUUACGCGACUUCGAAGCACGCGGUGGUGGGGCUGAUGAAGAACCUGUGCGUGGAACUGGGGGAGCAUGGGAUCAGAGUGAAUUGCGUUUGUCCAGGUGGCGUUCCCACUCCGAUGCUGAACAAGGCGCUGAAGAUGAACAAGAAGGAGACGCAGGAAGGGUUGCGCAAGAUUGAGGUGUUGAAAGGGAGUGUUCUUGAGGUGGAAGACACAGCGCGUGCGUCGCUUUAUUUGUGCAGCGACGAGGCCCAGUUCGUGAGUGGAGUUAACUUGGUGUUGGACGAGGGUUACAGCACUACCAAUACACCCACUAAAAAUCUUUUUUAUUACUCCUUUGUAACCUAUGCAUCGUGA